CCAGGCAGAGAGGGAGCUGGCGGUCUGGUGGCCUUGCAUAACACGCGUUGGAGCAGCCUUGAACGCAGGACUUGGUGUGAGCUUCAGCAGUGGGGAACUUCCUCCACCGUCAGCCCGUUGCAGGGGCAGCGUAGCCUCCAAACACGAGAGUCCAGAGAGGGAGGCAGAGCUGGAGCAGCUACAGCACAGGCUCCAGGAGAGCAGAGUGGCACAAAGGAGAGAUUCAGGAAGAGGACUCCUAGGAAACACGUCUCCAACACACACACACACACACACACACACACACACACACACACACACUGAGAGGCAGGAAGAAUCCUUGGACAUGCUCUGCAAGCAGUGGCUGUGGAGAGACUGAUUCUUGCUGACAUCGUGGAGGAGUUGGAUCUGUCAGAGAUGAUUCCUCAUGAAGUCUAUGGAGCUCAUUUUGUGAGCUGGAGUGAUUCCAUCUUCUCUGGUCUGAGACCUGGUGCUGUGUUCGAGUGAAUACAAAGAGAGCCAGAGCCACAGAGAGGCUGCACAUAACCGUUGAGCGGAGCAGAGAGAAAGAGUUAGAUUUACUACCUGGGAAUAUUAAAACCACGCUGGCACGAUGAAAUCUAAUCAGGAGCGCAAUGGAUGCCUGCCGCCAAAGAAGCGUGAGAUCCUGGCUCUGGAGCAGAGGCCGGUUGUGGUGGCCGCAGCGGCACCUCCAGCUGCGGUGGUGGCCGACAGCCCCCACACCGAGAACCUAGCAUGGCUGGCUAGUGUGGCCAGUGAACGCUGCAGAUCCAGGGACGCAGAGAGCCCGAGAUGUACAAUUUCCUCCACUUCCUCUUCUCCUGCCACUUCUAUCGCUUCCUCGGCCACUCCUAUGUCUGCAGUGCCCCUCGCCUCUCUGCCUGCGGUUUACCCUACCGCCCUGACACAGCAGCACGCCGGGACUAUCCAGUUCGCUCAGUUGGGACCCAACGUUCAGUUCAUCAGCUCCGGACCCUACGCCGGCUACAUCUCCUCUCACAUCAUCUCAGCCAAUGCUAGCUCUGCAUCUAACAGCUCUGCCAUAGGUCAGCGGCCCCAGCUCGAUGGUUACACCACUGCUCUCAUCUCCCCCAACAACAAAGGGGAGCAGCAGUUUCAAAUAGGCCUUUCUCCCUCAGAAAUGGUUCCUGUGUCACUUCCAAGCUCUCCCCAUGUCACCAGCCAGUACAUUCAUCUGGACAGCAGAACUCCUCUGUCUGUCAGCGGAAACGCUUCACAGACCGCCCACCUCCAGCUCCACCCUCACACAGCUGUCCUUCCUCAAACGCUCACCCUAGCUCCCUCUCAGCUCCUGGUUCAGUAUGCAGAUGGUUCAAUUGGAAAGAAACCAGAAGGGCAUGGUAAGGGUGUAAUGAACGGGGAAUUAGAGGUUAUCAAACAGACUAAAACUCACAGUCAUCCUGUGAACCAUCAGCAGGUCCACAGCUAUGAGGCGAGACACAUCCUCCUGCCUGCUGACUACGGUCAAAACCACGCAGGACUCCAGACCUCCCUGGUGCUGGUGGCCCAGCCAAACCACGGAGCGGAACGAGACUCUGGCACAAAUAAGAUCUCUUUCGUCCAGACUGAGAAAGGAGGCAUCAUCCUGGGGAAACCAGUGUCCAGAUCUUCCUCCUUCACCUCCCUCUCCUCCUCAGAUUUGGUUAAGUCUGUUGCUCCUCAUACAGUAAUCCAGACCACUCUUCCCCAUGAGGAGAUGCCAGCCAAUCUCUACUCCUCCACACAGCCUCCUAUCAUUGGCUACAUCACCAGUGCGAAUCAGCAUGCUGUCAGCUACCACGCGGCGCUGCCUCAGCACCUGGUCAUCCCGAGCGGUCAGUCCCUCCUCAUCCCAGUCAGUGGCACCAAUAAUGGCACAGAAAUCGAGGUGAGUCGUGCUAUCAGUGCCUUGCCUGCUACAACCACCCCGCAGGUCUCCACUGCCAUGCCCCAUGCCUAUCUGGCCACAGCUCUGUCCAAGUGUGAGGCUCUAGGGCCAGAUGGAACUCAGCGACCCCCUGCCGUCGCUCCGGCAUCGGCAAUGCCAGUCCUGCCCUGCAACCCGGCUCCGGCAGUGGUAUCAGCGCCCUCCCCGACCCCAGCUCCUGUCCCUAGUCCCACCCCGGUUUCCAUCCAAGCCUCCCACUCCGUCUCCCCUCCUUCCUCCCCUGUGGCGCUUCCUCCAUUCUUCAUGCGAGGCUCCAUCAUCCAGCUGGCCGAUGGGGAGCUGAAGCGCGUGGAGGAUCUCAAAACGGAGGACUUCAUCCAGAGUGCGGAGAUCAGCAGCGAGCUGAAGAUCGACUCGAGCACUGUGGAGCGUAUCGACAAUGGGCAGAGUCCGAAUGCUGUGGUCAUACAGUUUUCUGUGGGAGAGCUCAAAGCCCAGGUGUGUGUGGAGGUGCUGGUGGAGUACCCCUUCUUUGUAUUUGGCCAGGGCUGGUCCUCCUGCUGCCCAGACCGGACCACCCAGCUGUUUGAGCUGUCAUGCGCUAAGCUGUGUGUGGGCGACGUCUGUGUGUCGCUGACCCUCCGCGGCCUGAGGACCACUUCACUAACGGAUGGCCAUGCUUUGGGCACCAAGCUGAAGAGCGGGCACGUCUCAGAGUCCUGUCACAACGUGGAGGCCACUGUGAGAAACAGUACGAGUCCCAACACUGCGGGCAGGAACAGUGGCCUCCUCAUGAAGGCUUCCAGUGCAGACAGGCUGGAGAGGGAGCAGGUUACUGGACCAGGACCAGGAGAACAGCGAUCACCAGGACUGGGACUAGUUCCAGGACCAGGGGAGGGGAUCUACAGAGCGGGACCAAUGCUGGCAGUCUCUGGGACUGGUGAAGCGAGACAGGAAUCAAUGAAAACAGACUCGCCUGGUCUAACCAAAAUACAAAGUGGUGACCCAGAGAGACCCACGUCCCGCAAGAGACGCUGGUCAGCUCCAGAGCGAGACCAGACUGAGAGAGCCGAGGAGGAGCCUCCUCUGACUCUGCCCAAACCCUCCUUCAUCCCUCAGGAGGUUAAAAUCAGCAUAGAGGGACGCUCCAGCACUGGCAUCGAGAGGCGCUUAAGCAAAAGAAUAGACUGCUGAGAGAACUUUUGAUGCUUUGUUUUGAUCCCCUGUCUAUCCAGAGGACUGUAAUAUAGGCCGAGUUUACACACUAUUUACAUGUUUUCUUUUUCUUUACACAAAUCUGAUAUCUACUUUGAAGCGCAGUAGAGCGACUUCAUAAGUGGUAUCACUCCCGAGAUCAGUGCAAUCAAUGCUGAAAGCAAAAAUGAAUGCAGUGUGAAUGUUGAGUACGAAUGGACUGAGAGACACAUUUCACAAGCUCCUCUGUCACGUGGCUUAAACCUGUCGGACGCAGACCGGCCCACCAUUCCUCUUAUCACACGAACAAGCACAGACCCCGAUGUCAGCGUGUACAAAGUGGGUGACCAUAGUCUCAUCCUGCUUCACCGUUCACUUGCUUUGUCGUGAGGUUUAUGAGUGGUUUAGUCAAAGAGUGCAAUCAUUUUGGCUUUGAUCUCUGCUGCCUUGUUUUCAGAUGAGGUUUUUGACUUUUAUUUUAUUACAAUUUCUUACAUUUUCGUAGCAUUUGCAGAUGUGUGCGCUGGCAUAUCUGGGUUUGUGCCACUAGUUUUUAUUUGUGUCUGCCUUUGUGUGUGUGUGUUGGUGUGUUUUCUGUGCGACUGUCAUACAGAGAACACAAUAAGGUGUGUUUGUGAGGCUGUAGCCGUGAGCUCAGUCUUCAAUAAAACCUGCAUAUAUUAAGACUGAAAAGGCCUGAAUGUAAAUCCUUUAAUAAUCUAUCCUUAAUCCCCAAUCAAUUUACAAUAUGAUACCAGUGCGCAGGUGAGAGCACUCACACACUCUGAUGGAGUUCCUCAGUCAAAUUUACCUUCAUAGUAUUAAAGUAUUUAAUCCCUUUCAGUGACAGCAUGUGUCCACCUCUAACCUUUUCUGCAAUUUAAUCUGGGACAAUUAGAAAACCAAGGUCUAUCUAAGACAUACAAGUGAGUUUUUAUCCAAUUUAUGUUUGGACUCAUAUUGCAUAAUAAACAAUUUAGCCACUUUUGGCAGCGCAGCAAAGUAAACACUGACAUAAUUACCUUCCAGAAUUGAUAUUUAUGCGGUCCGUAAAACCAAAACUAAAAGCUGAAAGAGACUAAAUAGCUGUGUAGAACUGAGUGAAACUGCUCUGUCUUUAAAUAAUGAUCUCCCUUUCGCAUAAAGAAACUUUGAAUGCUAACACACCAUAUAAAAACAUAAACACAUGGCAUGAUACCAACGUUUUGAUGAAAAAAUGUCCAAUUAAAUGUAUUUAUCCUUUAGCUUUCUUUAACUAUGGCCUCAGAAAUAUGUUCUUAGUUCACAGCAGCUCAUGUUCUUUGGGUUUUACCAUUGAAACCUAAUUUCCUCAAUGAUGGUAUGUUGUGUCAGAGUUUGGCUGUUUGAUUAAAACAGCUUUCAUCCUUUUAGAUCAGUGUUCGUGUUUCUCUCAGAGUAGAGCCAAAAUAAAUAUCCCACAGUUCAUACUCAGGAACAGUGUGUAUGUAUGUGUGUCUGUCUGUGUGUGUCUGUCUGUGUGUGCAUGUCCACAAUCGCAUUGUAUGUGUGUGUGUUCUGAGCAGCAGCACUUUGAGCAUCCAGCGGGAGAGUGGUGGUGUCCUUGUCCCUCAACUGUUUAGAUUGAAUGGAGAUAUUCAACUGACUGUUCCUCACCUGUCCGGCAGAUUUAUCAUUUAGAAGAUACAUUAUAUACCAGGGCAGGGAAUGUAAACACACACCGGGCAAACUAUCUGAACUUUAUUUUUGAUGACUGAUAGAGCUACUAUACAGAGAGCGACAGACAGAGUUGAUCAUGUACAGUGAAGUGUAUCCUUCAGAUUGUACAGUGUGUGUGUGUAUAGAUAUUUUAACCCUUAUGUAGCCUAUGUACUGUAUGUGCCACAACGCCUCCUUCUACAAUCAUUCCAUUCACUCAACAAUAUCAAAGUGGCCCUGCUAUGGUUUCCGUCAGUUCAGGUAUGGCUCUAAUAUUCAUGAUUGUGCCACAGAGAACAUCCACUCACAUUUGGCCUCCUCAGAAUUGAAUUUGACUCACACACAAGAUGCAGUGUGUGUGAAUAUGAACUGCAAUUUAUCACAAUAGCCAUUUACUUUGUAUAACUCCUGAGAGUUGUGUAUUGUAAACCCAGUAACCAGACUGUUCUCUUCUGUUUGUGUUUGACUGCUCAGGCUAAGCACUGCCCAGUGACUGUUCUACAAAAUGAUGUGGUCUUAUAUUGUUCACUGUUACAAAAUAGAGGUACUGUUUCAUGCGUUUGUGUUCUUUGCCAUUUCCUCUCUUGUUGUCUGUGCUUGUUUUAUUUUUCUUUAAGUAAUUGUAUUAUUUUUCAAAUGCAGACCUGACACAUCUGUGGUAUGUAGGAUUCAUAAUUAAAGAAGUAAAUUCAUUUUUAGGGAAAUACACUUAACAAAUUCUUGCUAAGAGUUAGGUGAAAAGAUUGAUACCACUCUACCUGUUGGCAAAAAAAGAGGAAGUAGGUCUGCCCCUGAAGUGUCAAUCAAACACGGUCUGUAUCUAACUCACUGUGCAGACACCUGUGAGGGUGGACCACAAGUGUGGGUGUUUAACCUUUGUGUUGUCCUCCUGGUUUGACUAUUUAUAAAGAAAAAUAGUAUAAAUCCCAUUUAGGGAAAGGUCAAAUUUGACCGUAGGACAACAGGGAGGUUACAUUAAAAGCCUUUACUAAUAUGCUUAAGCUGGACCCCUCCAAAUUUGAGCUUUUCAGAGCCUUUCUAAAUGAUGUUGAGAGUAAAUUCACCUCCUCGUGGUGAUCUAUGGAAUUGCACUUUGUUAUAUUGGGUGGGGGGUGUUUUAGUCUAACUAAUACACAGAUGUAAUGUAUAGCAUGUCUGAGAGAAGCUGUACUCUAACAGUUCAGCCUCUCAGUGAUUUGUAAAUAGCCAAAGUCUUCCAUUAUAAUGUUGGUAUGACCUUGUUACCGGUGGAGAGGAUAAACACUGAUCUCUAUGUACAGACCUUUGAAGUGAAAUUUAAUUUCAGAAACACAUCAGCAUUUAUUUCAAAGGAUAUUGCUUCACCAGAUAUUUUCUUUCGCACCAGCUCAAAAACCAGGAUAUUAUGGGAGUAAAGACUUUUAAAAAAAUAUUUUGUAAUCCGGGUCUGUUUGUUGGAUAAAUCUCAGCUAAAAUACAGUAUGUCUUACGUACAGUAUGUAGUAAUUAUCAAUAAUGUUCCCUUAUUUGAUGGUGUUGAGGUUUGCUAGUCAGAAAAUGUUAAAUCUUUACUUCAGAUGUUUGAUUUUACAUUUGAUCAAAUAUAUUCAAAGAAAUAAAAAGAGUCUAAAGCAAAAA